AUGACGACAAUUGAUACUCAGAUUGUGGAGAAGUUCGGGCAGAAAGCUAACCAGCCUGAGAUAAUCAAGAAAUGCUCAGAGUUGAUAGAUCUGUUUGGUCUGACAGCAGAAGAGUUGUUUUUGAAGUGGGAAACAUUUGUGGUGACAACCUCGAUAGCCGGAAAAGACAUUCCGCUCAGUUUAGAAAACUUGGAAAAGCUACAAUCGUACAUUCAAAAACGCAUUGUGCGAGAUAAUCAGAAAACCCCAGCAAGCAACCACAUUAAGCAGCCAAUCAUUAGAGGUACACCUGAUAUCAGCAUGAGCAGUAUGGUGAUGCCGUCAACGCCACUCUCACUUUCGCACAAGCGCAGAAAACUCGGUACCCCGCAGUUGCGGUCGGACGGAUCGGAUUCGUCGUUUUUCACGGCAAGAAGUUCUUCAUCACCUGUUCCAAGCUCUGAUUACGAAAGUACGCCGUCUGGAGUUGGAGGAGUUGGAAAUACGAAGCAAAGCGGGUCGAUUCUAGAGACGUUGAACCCGGAAGUGAUCAGCGAGUCCAAGUUGGCAGCCAGCGAGGAGAAAGAAGGCGGAAAACUACGGCUUAUUGCAAACUUUGACCCGGCAAAGUACAAAUUCCGGACCAUGAACCAGAAAUUGUUGGAAGUGGCCGAUUACCUCGAUGACCAGGUUGACAGAGCGGCCCAGAUCGUGCUCAAGCACUACAAGUUCGACCAGGCAGAGUUCGGCAACCCCAACAUUCAGUCUCAGGCAGAAAUUCUUGCUGUUGGCAGAAUAGUGCCGGAUUCUCCGUUGACUGAAUACGACGCCGAUUUGAACUCAGACUCCCUGUUUCUUGAGGCGUCACGUUCCGGCGGUAUCGGAGAGCGGGUCCGGCUUGAUCUGGCGGCUCUGGACGAGUAUUCGUUGUUUCCAGGGCAGAUUGUGUGCUUUCGGGGCCUAAAUCCAACAGGCACUGUAUUCAAAGUGACCAAGCAGUACAAUAUUCCGUAUCUCGGGGCUCCUGUGAUGAGCAUCGAUGACCAGAAGAGCUACAGAGACCAGCUGGGAGGCGAGGAUGCAUUGAUGAAGGUUGCAGUCACGGCUGGACCAUACACAUCGAGCAAAGAGCUGAAUUUCGACCUGCUCUCGAAGUUUGUUGAUCGUAUGAACAACCAGGUGAAACCAAACACCAUCAUCAUGUUUGGCCCCUUUUUGGAUGUGAACCACAAGCAAAUACAGGAGGGAACCCUUGAGUUUCCCGAAAUUGACCCCCAACCCAAGACUCUUGACGAGGUGUUCAAAUUUGUCGUUGCACCCAUACUUAGGCGUCUUACAUGCAGCCAGGUGCUACUAAUACCGUCUACAAAAGACGCGAUAUCGGACCAUGCCGCAUACCCGCAAAGAAUGCUUGAGAGGAAGCGGUUGGGACUCGGUAAGGCCUUCAAAUGCUUUCCUAAUCCGGCCACCUUCUCGUUGAACGAGGUUUUGGUUGGCUGCUCCAACAAUGAUGCUUUCAGGGAUCUCAAAGAUGUCAACAAGGGUGAAUUUCUUCAGCAGUCGAGGUUCAACAGAAUUGCCGAGCACAUUCUCGAGCAAAGAAGAUACUAUCCCUCGUUUCCGGGUGGUAUCAAAUGCAAAAGAAUGCGACUCUUAGCACCGGACUCCAGUGAUCGAUACGUUUCAGGUGCAGAUCUUCAUGUUUCGUACAUGGGGCUUGCCGAAUUUCCCGAUUCGCUACCUGAUGUGCUUCUCCUUCCGUCCGAAUUGAAGCAUUUUGCCAAGGUGGUGAAAAAUGUGCUUGUGGUGAAUCCGGGAAACUUCGUGAAACUCAACCACAACGGCUCGUACGCACUAAUCAGCAUCAAGGCGCCUGCUGAGGCUGAUUUGCAUAAAGUGAGCGACGAUGCUUUUCUCAACAACAUAUGGAAAAGAGCAAGAGUUGACAUUUUCAGAGUCUAG